UUUCAAUAAUAGAGUGGCAUAUACAUUUGUAAGAGAGAGCAGAUUUAUGUAAAGUGAUGACUCUCUUUUUGACUGCAACAUCCCAAACAAAAUAAAGCCAACGUAUCAUUAAAAGCUUUAGAUUGGUUUGUUGUUAUACACAAACAAAACCCACCAGCACCAGCACCAACACCACCAGGCCACCGCCACCAGGAACCCACAAAACCAUGGGAGAAAAAGAGAAGAAAAACAAUAAGAAGCAAAAACACCAACACCCAAAUGGCCAAACCACAAAACCAGCUUCAGAUAUUUCAUUCAAGCCUUGUUCCGAGGUAAAAGGCCUCAAAUUUGGAGGCCAAUUCAUAGUAAAAUCAUUCACAAUCCGAAGAGCACGGACUCCUGAGCUUCUGAAACUUCUUUCUUACCCACCAAUAAACAAAUCCAACAACAAUAACAAAGUCCCUCUUCCUUCAACCACAGGUUUCUUGCCUACAAACUUCACAAUCUUGGCGCAUCAUGCUUGGCAUACACUCACACUUGGUCUCGGCACGAAAAAGUCUAAAGUAGUUCUGUUUGUUUUCGAAUCUGAAACCAUGAAGUUGGCAGUGGACAGAAUAUGGCCGCCAGAGAUACCCCUUGGAGAAGUGAACAAGAAGCUUAUAAGAGGGUUAAGUGGGUCUGAAAUGGCUCGGUUCAAGUUCAGAAAAGGCUGCAUCACUUUCUAUGUAUAUGCAGUGAGGCGAGUUGGGAACAUUGGCUUCGCCUGCGCCGAUGAUCUAAGAACAAUAUUGCAGUCGGUUGUUGCACUAAACGAUUUCUUGGAUCACACAGCCAUGCUCGCGAUGCCAAACCAGAGAAGCAUCAAUUACUCUACUCCUCCGGUCGCCAUGGCUCAUUAAACAUCUUUAUCAUCUUCAAAUAUUCGUCUUUUUUCUUCUUUACAUCAUUAUCAUCAACAUCAUCACCAACAUAUAUCAUUAUCUUCUUCUGGUAGAUUUAUUUUUUUUAAUCUGUUGAAUUUUGGAAUAUUUUUUUAAUUCUGGACAUGGGGAAUUGGUUUAUUUGUUGGGAAUCUUGUUCAUGUUUUUUUUUUUUGUCCCGGAAAAAAUUGUAUUGUAGUAUGAAUAAAUUUCAGUCUUUUAAGUAAAUUCAAGCUCUUUCCAGUUUCUGGGCUGUUCUGAAGAUCAGGUUAGUGACAGGUGACCUUGCAGACAUGUGAAUAUCUUCUAAUUUUAUUACUGUAUGUUUUGCGGUAUUAUCAAGCAAUCAAUUACUCAAAAUAGAUUAAACUUUGUUCUAGGCUAGAAAUAUGAACUGACCCAACUGCAAAAAUAUUGGUGAGCUUUUAGGGAAAGAAGCUGAGAGAUCAACAUCUGAAAUUAGAAUAGUUAAUUGACAGUGUAAUUAAUGGUAUAUUAUCACUAUCAUUACAAAUAAAAAUAGUUGAAGUGAAGCGAAGUUGCAGAGUCAGUUUGAUCUUUGUUUCACCGAUGCAGAUUCAGGCCAUGCCAAAAUUUUUCUUCCCCCUAUUAUUCCGAAAUUUUAUUAAUCAUUAUGAUUGAUUCAAAUUUGAAAAAAUGUCUCAAAAUUUCAUUAUACAGUAUGAUUAGACCAAUUCCGAAAAAGGUCAAAAAGUGGGAUUGUGCGACAAAAAAAAUUUUCUUCCUCCAAAGUCCAUAACACUGUUUUCUUGUGAAUUGUGCAGAUAUCUUACCGUGAACACUGCUUGCAAAUGUUCCGCAAAAACCUGUGGAACCUGUGGCUGGCAUCAUUAAACUAUUUUUAUAAUUUGGGGCACAUAUUUCAGUAUUUCCAUAGGUUAAAAAGGGUAUUAUCCUUGAGAAAGAUGUCUAACUAUUACUCACUUUUACUGAAAGUAUCAAUUGCACCUG